AUGGAAGUUUGCAAAGCUCAAGGUUUUGUUUAUGGGAUUAUACCAAAGAAGGGAAAGCCAGUGACUAGGGCAUUAGAUAAUCUUCGAGAAUGGUGGAAGGACAAAGUCAGGUUUGAUCGAAAUGGUCCAGCUGCCAUAACAAAGCACCAAGCAGAUAAUUCAAUCUCGAGAAAAAAUGAGGGUAGUAAUUCAAUUGGUAACCCCAGACACCUUGCAGAAGCUUCAAGAUACCAUCCUUGGUUCGCUCUUAAACCUCAUGACUUGAAGAAGGCAAGGAAGGUGGGUGUUCGCACAGCAGUGGCUAAGCAUAUGUCUCCUGCCAAGAUCCGCAAGCUUAAAAGAGAGGUGGCAACUCUUACAACAACUUUAACGAGACAGGUUUAUCCCAUUCACUACCCAGACCAUGUGUCAUGGCCCUCCAAGGAAAUACAUGCGCAUGCGUGA